GCGCACCGGGGAGAGUCCAAAGGCGGCCUGGCUGGCUGGCGCGGGCGGAGGAGGAGGAGGAGACCCUGUGGCUGCCAUGUUGCCCGUGAUCUGGGUGACCCUGAGGGCCUACGCCCCUUAUGUCACCUUCCCCGUGGCCUUCGUGGUAGGGGCAGUGGGCUACCACCUGGAAUGGUUCAUCCGCGGCGAGCCGCCUCCGCAGCCGCCCGACGCCGAGCAGAGCAUCUUGGAGAGGCGCGAGGACCGCAAACUUCAGGAGAGUGCCGGGAAGGACCUCACCCAGGUGGUCAGCCUCAAGGACAAGCUGGAAUUUGCCCCCAGAGCUGUGCUCAACCGGAACCGGCCCGAGAAGAACUAGUGGGAGCUGCUUGGACCACUUCCUGGCCCAUCAAGAGUUUCUUCCUGUUUGCCUUUUCAAUCCUCCUAUUUUGACCUCGCCAGGCCCAACUAAUAGGAGUCUUGGCUAGAGCCACUGAGGUAUGUUGGAGCGGAGUGGGGAUGAACAGACUGACUUUGUGACUCUGCACAUCUGGGCAUCGGCUGCAAAACCCUCCGUUAGGGUAGUCGGUUACGUUAUAGGGGUAGUUCCAUAUGCAUGCCUAGGAGGGAUCUCCUUCCUCUCUCUCCAUUUCCUUGGUGUAGGCAGGACUUGGCUUUAAAAAAGAACACCUCCCUCCCCGAAGAACAGCAUCCAUAUGUGAGGGGAGAUUCCUCAUUCAGGCAGCCUUGGAGACCCUGAUCCCAGUUUAGAAUGGGUGAACUGAAGACUCUUUCUCUCCUACAAGACUUCUGGGUUCAAGGAAUAGCCAAAGAUCUUCACAGCGCUCCUACUCAGGAAAUUGUACAUUUCUUUCCGAAGGAAUUUCUGUGUAUAGAAUGAGGGGAGGCUUUUUGGACCAGGGGUCUGCCGUUGAAAUUAAAGAAUUAAGAACUGUUUCAAA